UGCUGCCUACAGGUAUGUGAAUAUUCAGAUGGCACCAAGUCGCUAAAGCUGGGAGACUUUGGGCUGGCAACUGUGGUUGAAGGCCCUCUCUACACUGUCUGUGGGACACCCACGUACGUGGCUCCAGAAAUCAUCGCGGAGACAGGCUACGGCUUAAAGGUGGACAUCUGGGCCGCUGGCGUGAUCACCUACAUCCUGCUCUGUGGCUUUCCACCCUUUCGCAGUGAAAACAACCUUCAGGAGGACCUCUUUGAUCAAAUACUUGUUGGGAAGCUGGAAUUUCCUUCUCCAUACUGGGAUAAUAUCACUGAUUCAGCUAAGGAGUUAAUUAGCCUGAUGCUGCACGUGAACGCGGAAGCCCGAUAUACAGCAGCACAGAUCCUAAGCCAUCCCUGGGUGUCAGAUGAUGCAUCCCAGGAGAAUAAUAUGCAAGCUGAAGUAACAGGUAAACUGAAGCAGCACUUUAAUAAUACCCUGCCCAAGCAAAACAACACAUCCGCUGGAGUGUCUGUCAUCAUGAACACAGCUCUAGAUAAAGAGAGCCAGAUUUUCUGCAGCAAGCGCRGCCAGGGCCCAGGUGGAGCGGCCGCCCCGGCAGCCGGCUGCCCCGCGCUGCCAGGCGCCCAGCCCGCCCCGGGGCACUGA